ACCGAAUACACAGGUGCAUUGUUGACGAAGAUGAUAAAGAAUUUAAUUUUUUGGCUGUUUAGAUGGUAAAACAAGAUGGACGUUGUAACUUUAGACCGUCUUCAAGCAGAGAAUGAAAGAUACUUUUUUGCAAGGCUUCGGAGCCAGGAUAAAGUGGUUCAACUCUAUGAACAACCUAGCUUACAGCAGCAAGCACUUGAUUUGAUGCCAGUAUCUGCAAUGAGAAAAGAGGCAAGAAAGGAAAGCGAACAAACAGGAAGGGAUGAAAGGGAUUGUUUAAUGGGUCAGGUCAACAAAUGGUUUUAUGGUUCAUUUUUUCGCUGGCUGGAUAAACCAAAGUGCUCACGGUGUGGCACAGUAACAAAAAACAUAGGAAUACUUCCCCCCACAAUAGAAGAACAAAGGUGGUUAGUUGGACCUGUAGAGGGAUACAAAUGCCCUUACUGUGGGACAGAUGAAAGAUUCCCAAGAUACAAUCAUCCAGCAAAGUUGUUAGAAACCCGUCGUGGCAGAUGUGGUGAACAUGCAAACUGUCAGGCCUUGCUGCUUCGCUCCAUGGGUUUUGAUGUUCGUCAUGUCACUGAUUGGACAGAUCAUGUAUGGGUGGAAGUUUAUUCUUAUCAGGAGCAGAAAUGGGUUACUUGUGAUAGAGAUUACUUUAGCCGUGAGAGGGAAGGAAAGAAAUUGAGUUAUAUGGUGGCAGUAUCUAAUGAAGAGACUGUGGAUGUGACAUGGAGAUAUUCAACCAAACAGAAUGAAGUCAUGCAGCGAAGAUUACAUGUCAGCGAGGAAUGGCUGGCAAGAGCAUUAGCAUUUCUAAAUUACCAGAAGCAACAAAAACUCUCCCCUGCAAGGCGUGAAACACUCAGGGAACGUUCAGCUCUGGAAUUGGCUGAGUUCCUUUCAAACUAUCAGAAACAACUUGAACCCAAGCACACGCCUUAUACAUUUACACCCACUGAUGAAGAAAUCAACAGCAAAAGGUUACAGGUGCAGUAUUGUUGUGCAAGUGACAAAUACCGCAGGGGACCCAAAAUGGAGACAUUCUUGCAAGGUUGGAAGUCUGGGACAGCAGCUGUGAAGUCAGUCUUCAGGAAAUAUGAACAUGAUUGGACAACAGUACUCAACUAUCUUCGUUCUCGUGGAGUGAAAGAAGCUGAUCUAACAACAUUAAGGAAAGGAAAUGCCUUCCUCUCUCGUCUUCCUUCUUCGCCAACUGGUUUGGUUUCAUGGGCAAUGGAUUUCUCUACCUCUGGUUUGGUGAUCGACACUAUCACCAUAAUAACUCAUUGUGUGACCAUGGAAAGUGGAAAGGUAGACUGGAAACUAGAGGGAGAUGAUGACGUCGUAGAGAAUCUGAGCUUCAGCAGUCAGCGUGAUCACAAAUCACACACGACUUCAUCCCUCAGAGGCUGCAAGACUCUCAAACUGACAGCUGUCCUCAGCGGAGGAAGAGGCAAGUUGGCUUGGAAACAUGCUCAGCUUUGCAGCCAGCCAAUUGACAGCGAGGGAGACUCUUCCUUAGAUAUUGCUGUUACACUAAAGGAGUCAACAGCUUAGGAUGUGUGUAACAAGUUUUAAAACGAGUAGUCUUAAGGCCACUGAACCUCUGUAAUUUUUACCAUAAAUUAUACAGUACCAUCUAGUUGCGAUUUUGAAGGUAUGAAGCCAUUUUACUACUUUCAGGGUCGGCCUUAGUAAGCUAGAGGAAGGAAAUAUUUAUUGUGGUUUUCACAUUUCAGCGGGGUAAAUAAGUUAAAUAGCUCUAAUUUAUAUGUAAUAGUAUAGUUUGAUCGUCCGGGUGAGUGUAGUCUUGAGAAGGACUGUUGUCGGUAAUGGUGACUGACGUUUCGACAACCUGAGCGGAAGUCGUCGUCAGAGUCAGUGAGAGGUUGUUGUCGAUCGAAUGUACUUAGUCCGGUUUGUGUAAACUGAUUGGUCAGUUUUGCCGUGAUAUUAUUGGCUGUAAGACCCAAGUGGCGUAGGUCAGUCGUGAUUGGUCGGUUUGGAUCCGUUAGUGAAGUUAGGUCGUUCUGUUCGGUUCGUUUGUAAUGUUAAUUGCAUUACAACGUUAAUUACAUUACGUUAAUUACACCCGGACGAUCAAACUACACUAUUACAUGUUACCACCGGAUUCAAACCAUUUACAGCUAUAAUUUAAUAAGCUGAUUUAAAUAGAAAAAUUGUUGAUAUUGACAAAAUGAUGUUGUGGAUACAUUUGGGAUUGUUAGCAGGCUAACUUACAGAACGAACAAAUUUUUAUAAGCAGAUUUAUUUUUCGGGAUUUUAUCAAUUAUAUAGGUAUUGGCGGAUAUUCAUUCAAAUGUUUGUUGUGAAUUUUUUUCUCGGUCUGAGAAAGCGGAAUUGCUUUGUUUAUUGUACAAAGCGGCAUUUUUUAGAUAAGGUAAUAACUUAUUUGUAAAUGGAAAAGGACGCGGUAUGUGAAUUCAAAAGUGAACGAAUUUUGAGGGAGUUAAAACGGAUUUAGUUAUCAACUGCAAAUUGUAAUGUUUUUUAAGGAGAUCAAUGAUUGUAGAAAUUUUCUAUAAAUAUUCUCCCGAAAUGUUUUAAUUCUUAUCAGCUUUGCAUUGUAAUAAGCAAGUACGAGGUAUGAAUAAAGGUAUCAAACGUU